AUGCAGCUAAAUGCACUGCUGUGCGUCAGCAGUCAAGAAACGCUGCAGAGCAGCAGCAGCAUUGCUCUGAAGAAGAAGCCGCGCUCCCACCAACGCAUCGCCUUUCUCCUACUACUGACAAUUUGGAUAUGCGGAAGCUCCGUUUGUGCUAUUUCAGGAGGGCAACCGAUUUUUGAGGAAGCCGAUAUAAAUAUCCGGUCACAGAAUCAGCAGCAGAAGCAAGGGGAACUGCCGCAGCUUCAACAACUAAAACAACAACAGCUGCAAUGGUCGUGCGCUGCUACCCCGUGGGUGGUUCUCAGUGGACACGAAACGACGUCACGAAGAGUAUCUGUGUCAGAGGGAGCAUACUUUGUACCAAAUGCGACAGUGAGUCUGACAAGCCCAACAGUGCACGGAGGGGACUGCGAGGCGCGCCAGCCUGUGGAAGCAGCAGCCGCACCUGCUGCUUCAGACAAACAAGAAGAAGAGGCUACACCUCAAAAUGGGGGCAGACGGACACGUUCUUCACAGGAUGCAGUUGUCACCACGACUGGCGUCGCCACAUUUUAUACGGAGCAGCAGCACGAGCAGCGCGAGCAGCAGGAGAACACACUGGAACAGCAGCAGGUUCAAACUCCGCAAACCUACACCGAGACGCCAGGUUUCUUCUCUACAUUUAAAGGGCUGGCUACUGCUGAUACGAACGCUAUUGUUGCCUGGGGAAAGGGGCUCAAUGGAACGCUUAACUCAGGGCAAUUUGAGUCAAAGCCCUCGCGGCAAAAGCAACACCUGCAAAGACUACAGCACUCUUUGCUAUUUCCCUCGCCAUAUAGCUUCGCGGCCUCCACUUCUAGCGAGCAUGCCCGCUAUAUUUUAGCCGGUGCAGCUACGGAAGCAGCAUCAGAUGGCACAGAAGCACCACCACGUCAUGAGGGGCACGAAGGAGCAGAGAUGCUCUUGCCUGCGAAGCUACAACAAAGGCGGCAAAAUCUUCAUGGACUUGUGCCUACUGCUGCGUGCAGCUGGGGCUUAUCUGCCAUAUGGCUUAUUCAGUGGUGCUACUCUUUAUGCACAUCUAUCGUACCAGCAGCCUUAGCUGCAACAUCAACGGAAGAGGGCACAGCAAGCGCAGCGUCGGUAGCCAGAUGCUCGUGUGUCAGUUCACACAUGCCUGUGUUGUUGCGCAGUGAGCCCCUCUGGCAACAGGAACAACCGCACCAGCAACGGCAGCAACGGGAAGCGGCAGCGCGCCUUGUGCCCGUAUUGCAGCAGCGGGCGUUGCUGCUUUGUUGCGCAGAGGGCAGUCCUGCUUCCCAGGAAAAACAGCAACUGCAGCUGCGUGGCGUGUUCUCACGAGGUGAUACUGAAGAGCAUACAGAAGCAGUCGCAUCAGCACCAGCUGUGGCCGAACUUGUUGAGGAGACGCUAACUCGCGGUCAGCACACAGAGCCAAUAACGCGAUCAGCUGACGAGGCCUCUCCACCUCCUGAAACUGUGGACGCUGCAGGAGCUGCGGAUUUUAGUGGGCCAGUUUCAGCACCUCGUUCUGAUUCCUAUGUUAAAAACCUGCCAUCAACGUCUGGAGGACAGCAGCAAGCGGAACUGCGAAAGGAACAGCCCGAGUACAUGGGUGCAUUUUCAGCGUCUCAUGAAGCCCGCGAAGAGCAGGGGCAGAAAUUUAAAGCACAAGACGAGCUACAGGGGAAAAUGCAGCGCAGCGAGCAGGAAGAGGACCAAAAACAUUUGGAACUUUUUUCAAGGUGGGGAGGACAGCUUGUUUCUUGGACAUGGAGGCGUUCCUGCAUGCGACAGCAGCAGUCUCCAAGGCCCCAAGUAGCAGUUACAGAAUCAGCAGGAAUAGCCGCUGCUGCUCAUUGCUACAGGCCUCAUGCUUCCACAUCACUGGCGCUGCAGCUGUUGCUGUUGCUGUUGCCUCGCGACAUGGUCUUGCGCCUCCUUGCUGACAGAGACCUCAAGCAGUGCCAGCAGCCCCUACCACAGCAACAACGGACGCAAAAGGAGCAAUCUCAAAGUUGCAAGAAACAAGUAGAUCUGCCCCGUGUUAGUGUGACGAGUCCUGCGGCAAGAACGGCUUCUAAAACGGGCAGCUGCACUGGUUCUAUAGUGCAUUCAAAUGGUGAUUUCAAGACUAGGGAGACAUGCGACGCGCGCCUUUUGAACGGCGGGUCUUCCUAUGCUUUUAAGGCAGUGGGAGCCGGCAGCUACGGACACAAGCACCAACUAGACCCUUUAAAAUUGUCCAAGUUCUAUGGGAGCGUGCCUUCUCAGCUGCAGUCAUCGUGGGGUCCCUACACUCAACUGGCCCCGCGGCAGCAGUUCCUCCAAAAUGAAAGCCAGCGUAACACAGACACAAGCAUAGCUUCGCAGCAGGAGGGGGAACACUGGCAGAAACUGCAAGAGUGGCAACAAAAUGCAGCACCGCAAGAACAGCAGCAGCAAGAACAGCAGCAGCAACAAUUGCGAGAAAGCGAGGUUCAGGAAAUGCGAGACAGUCGUAGCGCUGCGGCACUAGCAACUGCCGCCGCGAAGCAGCAUACAAAUGUGGAAGCACAGGGAGCGACAUCUGCAGUUGGGGGUGUUCCGGGGGCACCUCGUCUCUACGGCCGGGGGUUCGUGCAAGGUGGUCACCUCCCUGCGUCCUUCCUGCGCUUACACUUUAAUUUCGCGUCACUUGACGCCGGCGCUCGGAUUAUUGCUUCUAGUGGCGGGAUGCAGCACAUCAAAGCGGUCCAGCGCCCCGACGCUGACACGUACAUGCUGGUGCCUUGCUACUUGCCGUCCAAGUACUUCGUCCUGUCAUUUUCCGAGACCCUGAAGAUAGACUUCGUGGUAGUUCAGUCCUUUGAGAUCUACGCGAAUGCCUUCUGGCACAUUCAGCUUCUUGGGGCAGACACGUACCCGACACGACAAUGGCGCCUCAUUGCUAACCUUGAAACUGCAGCAGAUGUUUCCUCCGAGCUCUUUGACCUCAAAUCUGAAUGUGCAGCCCUUGGAAGCUGCUGGGCAAAGUUUCUUAAGGUUCGUCUGCUAACCCACCACGAUGAGGGGCCUCACUACUAUUGUUCGCUUACUUCUUUUCAGGUUUUCGGUGCCACGGGCGUGCAAUUUCUGGAAACACAAAUUCAUGACGAGUUUGGUGGUACCACACAGAAGACUGGAGUGGAAGCAUCUGACGUAUUGCCAGCGUCGAACGGACCUGCUGGCGUUGCCACACUUACUGCCGAUUCCGCUUCUCUCGCACUUGAUGCUAAGGACACCAGAGGCAGCAUAACAGCUUCCCCUGAUGUACAGCCACACCAUAAUGGCGCUCACGAGGGACCUCCUCUGCGGCCAGGAAAAUUGACUUCUGCCCCAUUGUCUCCGGGCUUCCCGAGAAAACCGCCGCCGCAGAAUCCGUUACAGCAUGGACGGCACAAACCAGCUGCAGGAGCCCCACAGCGAGAACAAGGGAUGCGAGGUGGCUUUGCCAUUGCUAGCGCACCGGAAUUGCUGUCACAGCGUUGCUCUUCCUCAGAAGAAGCUACUGCUGCUUCUUUGACGCAAGGCUGCCGCACAACUGACGGCAGUGUAGGAGACGACGCUUCUGGUGACAGGCGACCAUCAUACCAAGAGCAGAAGCAAGGGAAUCUUGGUAGAACAAAAAAUGUUGGUGCCCUGUUGGACCCAACGCCGGCCGCUGCGCCUGUUGCUGCUACUCCCGCAGAUACUGAGGCGGGUUUCAUAGGCAACAAUUCAGCGCAGAAGCAUGAUCUGCAGCGUAAUCUGCCCCUAUCGGAAGAGGGUAUAAAACAAAGGGCCGAUGCGUUCGUUGCGCUGUCUAGCUCACUUUUUGAGGCCGUUAAGGAGCAGCAGGCCCAAAAUCUAACUCAAGUCCAGGAGCAUCAGCCAAAGGUUCACCAGGAUGUGCUGGCGCAUGACGCGGACUGGAUCGGAACAGAUGAUCCCCACUUGGUGGGUCAUUUCCCACAAGAGGCUUUGAGCGUCAGAAGCAAACCAGAAAGUGCUGUUGUCUGCGCAGGAAGUACCGACAUCAAUGGCAAAAGCAGGUGGAUAGCCGGCAACCCGCUUUUCGAACCGACCACUAUCCGCUUCUUCUGUUCACACAAUGGGGUAAAUCCAGAAACAGCUGCACCUACCAGCGUUCCUGUUCCUGUGAAGAAAAUGAACAAGACUCCUCCAGGUCACCAUACAAACAGUAAUGACAGCCAGAGCGGCAAAGACCAGUACUACGCAGAUGCGGCAACGGAGGCGCUGCAGCAUGCAGCUGCAUAUGCUCGUACGUUUCUUGUGAGCGCCCUGCAACAGCAGCAACAGCCGCAACAACUUCAACGGAGUCCGAUUAGCACCGCAUUCCUGCAAUACCUUAUGAAGACCACUCCGGGCAACUCAGAUCUGCAGACGGAAAUACUUGAAGUGCUCUCACAGCUACUGCAGCCACCGAAAAUCGAAGCAAGUUCCAAAAGCGGAGGUGCCAAUAGGGAAGCUACAAGAGGCGGUGCUGUGUCGCCACCAGUUGUAGGACCUCGCGAUACGAAGGGCGAGCAUGUACUGGUAAUGCUGUUGGAGAGGAUGAAAUCUUUGGAGGGCGAGACAGCUGCAUUCAGAUCCGCAGCUGCUGAGCGGCAGCAACAAUUGCAGUUACAGCAGGAGCAGCUGUUGCAUCUCACGCUCUUAGUCCAACUGCAGCAGCAAGUCGGGUUUUUCCUGUUUGAACGUCUGGGUGCGUUUGAUGGGCUGAUUCCCCACGUUAGCCCCUUGGUACAGCUGCUAGAUGAAUCCGAACCUAGCACCCCAACAACGGCGACAGCUUCACAGAAAGGCAGAAUGAUUCGCGGCACAGACAGUGACAGUCGCGCUACAAGUGACCAGCAGAUUGAUGCGCGUUGCGACUUGAUGAACGGCAGCACUGGCGUUCGCAAAAAUCGGCAACCGCAGAACGAACAGCAGCAGCAGCAGCACGGAGAUUUCGCUGGACAUGGUAGCAGUGGGUGGCUGUGGAGUGCAGUGGAGCAGUUGCUCCAGCCACUAGAGACGUUGUGGCAUUGGUUAGUGCUGCCUUUGGUAAGGUGGGGAAGCAGCGCGAUUUGCUUCGCGGGCUUUGCUGCAGAGCUAUUGAGAAGGUCGCUUUGCAGUAAUCCUGAGUCGGUGCUUCUGCAGCAGAGCUGCGCAGCAGUGUCUUGGGUCUACCGUGCAGCUGCGUUCGUCGCACUAACUUUCGUCAACACUCUGACAAGGGGCGCUGAUUUUGCGUGUCGAGGCGUUUCGUUCUCUAUUGCUCAAGCAGCAUUGACAUGGAAUCGGCUAUCAUCUGCGAUGAAACACGUGCCUCAACUACUGCCUCUCGACUGGCCCACCGAGAGAAGCGAAUGCAGCAGCAGCUACUGGGGUCGAAGGUUUUUGAUGCUUCAGGAUCGGGGUAUUCAGCAGUAUCCAGAUACUUUUGCGGCGAUGUCGGUGUUAUUGUUGUUAUGCUUUUUCCUGGCCAUUGGUGGCGCGCUCUUCUGGCGAAUGCGGCAUGGGCAGCGAGUUGCUGCUGCAGCUGCUGGCGAGUGCGCUCUGCUGCGCCGUUCCUUCGAGCUGUUGCAACAGCAGCACCACAUGCUGCUGAGUCAGCUUGAAAAGUAUGAAAGGGAACAGCAGCUCUUACUGCUCCUGACAGCAAGCAAUCACAGUGUCAGGUCCUCCCGUUUACUUGUGCAUCGUAGUAAACAUGAAGAAAGUGGUGCGGAUUUUCUUCCACGGCAACCAGAUGAGCAUGACGACAGCGUCAUAAGGCUGGAAAAUCUUCCUAUCACAGCAGGCAGCGCAGGUGUUCAGCGACUUCCAGCUGUCACACACACUGAGGAUCCGUUUGAAUGCUCAAUUAACAGCGAUGCCCAGGAGACAAUUGUCAAACGAGCAGACCCUGCUCCGUCAUUGCUGCGUCGGCUCUCUACUUCAUUGGCCCCAAGAGUGCUUCUCGGACUUGCACGCAAUGCACCAGGCGCGCCUCACGUGGCGGGCGCAGCUCGUGAAAAAGAAGGGAACUACAACCAGACAGCCAACGCUGCUGUAUUGCAUUCUUCUGGUCAAGAUGGUGAAGUAUUGCAGCCUCAGCUUAGAAUCGUCCAGCAGCAAGAGGGCGAAUGCGGACCCCAGCCCCUUAUUCGAAGGGAACAGCAAAUUCAGCAAGACCAGCAACCGCAGACGACUGCAGCGGCGUUGUUGCCAACGCUUGAUACAAAAGCUAUCAGGAGUCUCAAGCUUCAGCGCCACACAUUAAGGCAGCGGCGCCUUGGAGGCGCCACAACACCCGUGGCUUCUCCCGCUGCUGCAGUUCCAGCAGACGGAGAACAUGUUUUGCUGCCUACAUUCGGUGCCGGUACAGAAGUUUGUUUACGCACGCGGGAUCCUUACAUCCCCUCCGGAGCGGAAGUUGCUGGAGUUGCAGCUUUGUCUGGAGCGCCUUCUCGUAGUAGCAGCAGCAGGAGCAGCAGCGUUUGCAGCACGAGCAGUAAUCUUCAAGGGGCUUCAAGUUCACUAUUUAAGUCUUUGUGGACAUCGCAGCUUCCACAUCGUGGGCUGUUACCGCUUACGCUGCAGCCCACACAAAGGCAAAGAGGAAAACGAGCCCUUGCUGGGCAUGAAGGCUGCGAGAAUCCGGACGGGAGGGCAUCCAGCGCUGGCGGGGGCAGUGGCAGCAGCAUCGGCUUUGGUGAGCCACUUCCAGAGCAUGGUGCCUUUCAGCACCACUCUAGCUGCCAUUUGCCUAUUCGCACCGUGGUUUCAGCUACUAAGGAAACUGCUGCGGAAUCAGGUGAUCCAUUUGAUUCUAUAGCAGGAAGAAGAGCUGCGACGUCGGCUUCGUGCAAUUGGGGACACAUCGGUAUCAGGAGCACCAAGAGCAGUAACUUUGCCGACGUCAUUUCUAGCAGGGACCCCAAUCUGGAGCCACAUCAACUGCAGCAGCAAGACAAUUCAUGUGGCAGAAGUUGUACAGACAUGAGGACGCUGACAAGCGCGUUGCCUCACCUUGGUGCAGCCCCCGAAGCAACGCAUUCCUCGCCGUUCCUUCGAGACGAGCCAGGUAGGCCAGGCCCUGCCAGGCAAGGUGAGCACUUCAGCUAUAUUGUCUCUUCACGAGAAAGCCAGGCCGCUGCUAAUGCUCCUUUGCACACCGAUGCUGCUGUCGAGAUACCUGAGACCCAACCCGAACCGGUGAAACUGUCGCAUGCGCCAGCGGUUGGUGCUUCCAAUGCGCGGCGUGAUGGCCGCCGACGUAGGAAAAGGCGUGGGGCUUCGUAA